AAACGACAGCAAUUCUACCACUCGAAUGGAGGAAUCUCGAAUGGAGGAAUCUCGAAUGGAGGAAUCUCGGAUGGAGGAAUCUCGAAUGGAGGAAUCUCAGGUACCGUGGUCCGACCUGCCUCCACAGCUAUGGCCGCUGAUCGGAAAGAAUCUCCAUACCUACAUCGACGUUCUCCGAUUUCGCAGCGUCUGUAGAUUAUGGCGUGAUUCUCUUCCGAAAGUGAACGCCAUUUUUCCUCUUUCACUUCCCCCUCCCCUUCGCAGUCGCCCUGAUCCCUUAUUUCAUCGUUCAAAGCAUGAGGUUGUACUUUUCCGAAAGAUAAUCUAUCGUUUCAUUCCUCUCGAUCAACAUAAAUCUGAUUCUCCCAAGGGCUGGUUAGCCAAGAUCGAGACCACAAAUCUCGCCGAUAAGCGAUUUCAUCUCCCGAUCUAUUCGGACUAUCAAUGCCUCUCCAGCAACCAAGUGAAUGAAGUGAACUUUCUGGAUUUUGGAAUCGAGGAAGUAGGUAAAUCGUAUUUUACUGAACUCACUAAUUUUUAUACCACUAGUGUUUCAGCAGUAGAUAAGGUUGUAGUGUUGCCUCAAUCUGCCUGCCUCGAUGUGAAGAACUGCGUUAUUGUAGGAAUCGACCGUAUAGGAAGGUUAGCGUUUAGGAAAUAUGAGAAUGCGCGAAAUUGCUGGCAGCGGAUUGGCGAACACAAAUCUCUUUACGAUGAUGUGAUUAUGCACAAAGGAAAAAUUUACACAGUUAAUAGAGCGGGAAGAGUUUUCGUAAUUGAUUCAUCGAUGAAAUUUAUUGAAAUUGCUCCUCCAAUGAGUGAAUCCGGUGACCUAAAACAUUUCGUUGUAUGUCGGGGCGAACUUUACGCAGUGGAUCGAUUUGUGGAAAGGAAGGCAUGUUUAUUGGAUUUAUUGAAUUCAAAUUCGUUUCAUAUUCGUAUGUGGUGCUGUAGCAUAUCGACAGCAAAUGCAGUCGAUUUCAAGGUCUACAGGCUUGAUGAAGAACAGGGAAGAUGGGUGGAGGUUAAGGAUCUGGGGAAUGACGCGUUCAUUUUGGGGACGGAUGGUUUCUCAGUUUCAAGCGGUGAUGUUGAAGGUUCUGAAGGGAAUUGCAUAUAUUUUUCACAUGAUUUGAGAUCAGACCUUGGGCGUGGAUUUGGCACUCAUGUGUUCAAUCUUGAGAAAGGGAGUAUUCAGAAAUCAUGUCUGCAGAUUUUGAAGGCGUCCCCGAUUUGGCUGGAUUGGGAGCCAUCUCUGCCUGCCUGAUAUCAGUUCAUCAUCCACGAGACUUACAGAUGAACAGGAUGAAUGAAGUCCACUGUAAGUUCACUUUCCAAUUGGUUUUGUGUUUCAAUUUAGGCACUUUUGCUGGGUUUCAAAUAGCUUCAUGUAGGAUUCUUUUGUUUUGUUUAUUUUCUGAUUGGAUUGAUGUAAAGAUUGAUGGAUGUUCCAUGACAGCCAUUCAAUUAUGCAACUCCGAGCAGAGUUGGU